AUGCGCUUCCUUCAACUACUCGCCGUGUCGCUUGCCGCUGGCAUGCUGCCAGUGAGAGCUUCAAGUUGCCGUCCAUUCCCUUCUUCGGUGAUCGAAUUCUCUUAUGGGUUCAAACAGCCAGAUCCUCCUAUCUUAAAGGCUGAGUUUGAGGCCAGCUUUAUUCAGCACAAGUGGAAUCAAAACCUGACACACAUCACGAAUGGUUUCAUCUAUAAUUCGCCAUCUCAGAAUUCCGUUCGUGUUGAUGAAGCCUUCGAUGGUAGCCUGACCUCGUCCUUCUUCAAUUACGCAAACACUACCAAGGAAAAUUUGGUGGAGAACACUUUGACCACUUUUAGCCACAAAUCAAACAAGACAACUGUAUGGAAGGGAUUCGUCAACUCGGGCUUUCCUUUGUUCCCUGAAGAUAUACUAGUCCGGUAUGGUGCUGUUUUUGGCGGACUGGUCCGGCGACGAUUCCAUGAGGACCUCGUGGCAGCUAGUUGUCACUGA